AUCUGAUCCGCGGCAUCCUGGUUACAGUAAAGCUAAGCUAACAGCCGAGCGGGUUAGUUCGCUUCUCCAGCGGGCUGUUGGUGUUCCUCCUCUUCGGUUCAGCGGGGCUCCGCCUCGGCGUGUUGCCCGGCGGUCUCCGCGAGAGAGACGGACGGACCCUUGAGAUCGGACUCCCGCCUGUCGGUCCUCCGGUGAUGUCUUUCCGGGAGAAGCCGUCCCCCGGCCGGCUGCUGUUGGACGACACCGUACCCCUGACGGCGGUGAUCGAAGCCAGCCAGAACCUCCAGUCCCACACGGAGUACAUCGUCCGAGUCCAGAGGGGCGUGUCUUCAGAGAACAGCUGGCAGGUGAUCCGGCGCUACAGUGACUUUGAUGUCCUCAACAGCAGCCUGAUGGUUUGCGGCAUCAGUCUCCCGCUUCCUCCCAAGAAGCUGAUAGGAAACAUGGACAGGGAGUUCAUAGCGGAGAGGCAGAGAGGUCUGCAGGCCUUUCUGGACUCAAUUACCCAGCAUCCCUUGCUUUCCAGCUCCCUGAUGGUCAAGAAGUUCCUCGACCCAAACAACUACUCCGCCAACUACACAGAGAUCGCCCUGCAGCAGGUCUCCAUGUUCUUCAGGUCCGACCUAAAGUGGGAGGUCCUGGAGCCUCUCAAAGACAACGGCUGGCGGAUCAGGAAGAAAUAUUUUCUGAUCAAAAACAAAGAGCAGCCCAAGGAGAGGUAUCUGCUGAGCUGGGUCGACCUGGGUCCAGAUAAAUUCCUGUCCGACAAAGACCUGCAGUCAGCAAUGAAGCUGCUAACCAGCCUGUCUACUCCAUACGUCUGUCCGCUGUUGUUCUCCAGCACCAGCGAGUCUUCGGCUCUGCUCAUCCGGCCGUUCAGUGAGAGGGGCUCUCUGAGGGACCACAUCUGUAAGGUGAAACCCAGAGAGAGUUACCUCAAGAAGUACUGCAACCCCAAGAAGAGCCAAGGCCUCCAGCUGCAGGACGUCAAACUGUACGGCCGCCAGAUCCUGGAGGGCCUGAAGCUUCUCCACGACGGCGGCGUGUUCUUCGGUCACCUUCACGCCUCCAACGUCAUCGUGGACGACGGCGUGUGCCGACUGGCCGACGUGGAGAACGGCGUGCUGGGAGUCCCCUCGGCGCUGCGCCCGGCCUUCACUCAGCUCCGCAAGAUCAACACGACGGAGAGCAUCGACGUCUUCUGCUUCGGACGUUUGCUCUACGAGAUGGUGUACGGUCGGCCGCCGGACGCCGUCCCCGUCGAUCAAUACCCCGAUGACCCCGACGCCGCUGUGGUGUCCGUGCUGCAGUCCAUUUUGUCCACAGAAGCCUGUAAGAGCGGGAUGCCGAGCGUGUCGCAGCUCAUCCGGACGCCGCUGUUCGGCGACGUUCAGCUCCAGCACUCGGAGAAGCUCCAGAUCAAGGUUCCCAGCAGGCUGCGAGAGGCGCUGCGGACGGCCAAGGAGAGUCUGGAGAGGAGGCUGCAGGAGGAGCAGAGGAUGAUCCACCAGCACAGGAGGCUGACCAGAGCUCAGUCCCACCACGGCUCCGAGGGGGAGAGGAAGAAGAGGAAGAGCCUGGCGAGGAAGAAGUCCAGACAGUCGGCUUACGAGAACGAAGAAGACGUCUCCGUGAGAAACAACAACAACUCCGGUUCCGGAGCCAGUUCACCUCCCACAUGCCCCUCCUCCCCCACCCCCCCGUCCACCACAGGUAGGCCCUGUCUGUCUGUCUGUCUCCCCCGGUGGGCGUUCUGGUGUCUGAGGUCUCAUCUGGACUACGGCAUCGUAACCGUCGGCCCGGAACUCUGUUUUCAUCUGAGACGUCUGUCCCUCUGUCCCUCUGUCCCUCCUCUCUCGCCAUGCGAUGACCUGUUUCACUUUUCUAGCAGGCUGGAUGGAAACACGGCUGUUUUUAUACAAGUAAUAUUUGGGUGAUGUUUCUGACGCUAAAUCCCAUGAAAAUGAGUUUAAUUAACGUGUGUUUUCUCUCUCAGCCUCCUGCUGAAGAUGUGAAUCUGUCAAAAAGCUCAUUACUUCAUAAUAUCGUUUGUGUUUAAAAAAAAGUCUCAGCCGCCGUUACUCAUUUUUGGGGACUAUUUUCAGCGGCGGAUGAAUAUGCGACUCGCUGCUCACUGAGUGGUGGAAUCUAACAAAGUACAUUUACUCACUUUGGAGUUUGUUAAAAACAGAAUAUUCCCAAACGUUCACAACAUGUUGUGACAAACGUUCCUUUUCCGUACGUCUGUGUCCUCUUCUCGUUGCCUCGUCUCCUUAUUUCCUCUCCUUCUGUUCUUGCCACAUCGUCUCUUCCUCUCCUGUUUGUCCUGGAGACACUGUGUAACUGCUGAUUGGUGCACUGAACAGAUAACUCUCGUCUCCCUGUCUCUCUCUUCCCUGUGCCGUCUCCACCGUAGAGCAUGCUCCGUUCUGACCGUGUCGUUGGGUAAUGUAAACCAUUAAUAAUGUCCAUGAUGAUGAUGAAGUGUUUUUUUUAGGCUGUCGUGCACCCUGAUUUCCCAGCAAUCUCCGGCUCAGAGAUCUGCCGCCUCCUUUAGGGAAGAAUGCGUGGACUUAAAAUGGAUUGAGCGCGAUCACGAGCCUCGUGUGCACGUAGGACACGUUGAGAUAAGAGCUUCCUGUGGACCAACGCGAUGGACUCCGAGCGGAUGUCCAGGGUCCCGUGUUGCAACUUGUGCUUCAAUGAAAAGGACCUUUUUAUUAAGACUUUGCCAAUAUGGCGUAACGCGUUAUCCAACUGAUACUGAUGUUCACAUCUGAGGAUUGAAAAGAAGAAGAAGAAAAAGAAAAAUUCCGUACUUGCACACCUGUCAAACACCGAUAACACGUACAAAUAUGUGUAUUCUGAUUACUUCUCACGUGCAACUAACAAGAUAUUUGGUUAAGACACGUAAAUUAAAACAUGAAGGAAAAAAUCCAACCGCGAGGCGCUGAUUCUAGUUCAGAUUCUAGGCCCAGUUCCACGUCCCUUCUCAACUUGAAUAAAGUGACUUUGCAGGAGACGACGCCAGAAGCCUAAAAGUGGAAAUCCGUCUUGUUAGAAUCAGCCAGCAUCGACGAGUCUGUUUGCCUGGAGGAGGGUGCACGCACAUCUUAAAUAAAAACCCCACAAUCUGCAAUGAUCUCCAAACCUGGGGCCGUUCUCAUUGGAGGUUGUGAUCCGGUCAGCUGCAGCACGGCCGUCUGUUUUGUUUUGUCUGCACGCGUGUCGCGGUUUUCCUUCAGGGACACACCGAGCUGACGGCGCUUUUAUCCGACGCUUUUACCUAAAGAACGCCGGUUUUGUUUCCCUCCCGCUCGUAUGAAGCUGCUCUGCAAACCCUUCAGAAAAUCCUUUCACGGGUUUGUUUGAUAUUCAGAUAAAACUUUUUCCAUUGUGAAAGAACCAGAAGCACAUUUUUAAUUUUCACCAGCACCAAUUUUGAAUUAUUUACAUCUGGUCCCGGCCCGUAUUCAUCAAAUCAGUCCGAAAGUGAGGGAUCAUUUAAUUAAUAAAAUAAUGAAUCUGUGAAACGUGGACACCGCUGUGCUCCGGUGGACACAUCUGAAGACGGAUGUCCCUCUGGAAGCACAACCGUGGACCUGACUGAAGAGUCAUCUGAAUAUUAUAAUUUUAGAAAAGUCCACCAGGCUGCCAAAUGUAAUGAAAGUGCGUUUGUUGCACAGCCCUCCUGGAGAUAAUCGGUCUGCCCUGCAUUGAGUGAAACAAUCAUAAAGUCCUUCAAAUCCAUCCUCAGAAGAUGUGUGAAGAAAUCCUCUUCAUCCGGCCAACGGUCGUCUGCAGGCGACGGGUUUUUCCAGGUGUGGUUACCAAAUGACGGAUGUGCUUUCAUCACGUUGCAGAUGUUGAAACGCGUGUAGUUGAACAGGAGGCGGAGUCUCUGCUUCACCCUGCAUGUGAGCGCUCGCCGUGCGUCGCUCCCCUCGGCGCGACGUCGCCGGCUUUUAUUGCGUUAGGAGAUUAACAAGAGAAACGCAGCAGCUCGCGGUUCAAUUCACCAUCAGUUCCCCCCGGCGAGCGAAGGCACCCUGACAGGUGGGGAGGGACAGACACAACUACAAGUCCCAGAAGCCACUGCUGUAAGGAUCGGAGCCAUAGGUGGGACCGGAUGAUUCUAGAAGGCUUUUAAUAAAAUAUAACAUCUAUUUAGGUAUUUAUUCUCGCAGCCGCUUGGCUCCGUAUUCCUAGAACCCUCUUAGUGAGUCGGGUGGAGCUGAUGGUGGAUCGAGUUCAGCCCGGUUUUUCUGGUGUUUUCUCACACCUUUUUCUUCUCUCCUCAUCCAGAAGCCCUGACUGCUCCUCCUCCUCCUCCUCCUCCCCCCCUUCCUGCCACGCUGGACUCGUCCUCCCGUCCUCCUCCUCUCACCUCCUCUGACGCAGCGGGUGGAGGUCGCAGCGCCUUGCUGAGCUCCAUCCAGGCCUUCAGCAAGGGCAAACUGAAGAGGGCUGCAGCAGCCCCCGCCAUGUGACCCCGCCCCCCGCCGCCACCCGUCUUCCACCAGGAAACCGUCACCACGGCGACGCGGGCCGACCCGCCGGUACCGCAGCGCGGGACGGGACCGGUCCGCCUCGUCGCUCCCUGAGAUGUGAAAAAGAAUCACUAACAAAAAAAUUCCAAGUUACCCUUUUUACUUUUUAUUGCUAUUUCUGCUUUUUGCUGCUUUUAACUUUUUAAGAUCUGCAGUUGUGAACGGGAGAGGAGAGUCUCUUUGUCACAGGGAGACGACUCCCGGCUGGUUCAUUUAUUCUCUUUGACCUGCAGCCGCCCGAAGAAGUCAGGUCAACGCGUCGGACUCGAGAUAAAGACUAAUGGGCUGAAGGUUCAUUUUAAGCAAAUUUAGCAAAUUCCAGAUGGAAAUGUUGUGAUAAAAUGUUGCUUUGCUGUUUGUUUCGUUUGGUCUGAACCAGAAGGGUCAAUUUAAUUCAGCCGCAUUGUGAGUCGUGAGCUCGUCAGUUGAACUUGGUGGAGCGGACGGACGCGGAUCCGCUCACAUGUUCCCGUUCAGGAACGUCUAACGAAUGUCCCCGUGGGCGCGAUGCGUCCCGCUCGGCCCGUUGAUGAUUCAUUCUGAACGACACUUUGUGCGUGAAGGACCGCAAGAGGAGCGUCUCCACCCACCUGCUGCUUUUGAUCGCAUUCAACUCGUGCAUGAAAAGUGAAAUGAAGAAGCCGGAUGAAAAGUAGAAAUGUUGGCGUCUAAAUGGAAAACAUAAAUAACGGCCGUGACUAAAACCUUCACCAAAGAGACUAAAUGAGCUCGAUGUGUGCAGAGCGCUGAGGAGGUUAAAACCUUCGCAUUAAGGCACGAAUGUCACAUUUACAUUUUGUUCCCACGUAUAUUUGCAUUUUUCUUUUGCCGUGUUCUGGAACUGGGUUAAUAUUUGUACCAAAGCGGUGUGUUAACGCUCACCGGCCGGUCUCUGCACGCGGGGUCAAACCCGCACUUUGUCGGUGUGGCGGUCUGUGGGACGCAGGCGCCGGUCGGACGUCCGUUCCGGUCACUGCGGUUCGGUUACCGCGGCGACGGGCCGCUCGGCUCUGAUUGGGUUUGGGGUGUAAAAUUAAUUUGAAACACGUGAUGUUUUUUUUUGUUUUUUUUGCUGCUUUGUUCCACAGUGAUUUCUCGUUGUUCCACUUAUUUGACCCGUGAUGCUGCUUUUGUAACUUUUUGUUUCGGCCCAUUAACUGCUGUUCACUUUCCAAGUCACCGGAAUCAUGUUUUGAUGAUUUUCUCCUUUUGUAGCCGACCGUUAAUUUCUCUGAAAAUGUACUGUAGAGAAAAUCCAUCAGUCACCUUUAUUUUGACUUAAUUAAUUCAUAGUUGUGUGCUGUUUUAAAGUUGCGUGCAGGGAUUCUGGGUUCGAGUCAUAAAGUUCUCCGCUUUCGUAAACUCACUCUUUUCAGACCAGGACGCUUUGACCCCGAGGGGGCGUUGUGGUGUAACCGGUUUAAGGCCUUAAAUAAUCUAGCGUUUGUUCAUGACUCGUAACAUGCAUUGAUGAAAACGCACACUUCACAAUGUUGAGUCCUUUUAAAAUAUCUGUGAUGAAGAGGAAGCCGGGCCUAUAAGCAAGAGAAACACACCGUUGCACCUGAUUCCAGCCUGGUAUUCGAUUUAUUUGUGCCAACUGGACUUGAUGGUUUAAUUUUAGAAGAGCUUGACUCUGAUCAGAUGAAACGUGUCCAAACCUACAACGGCAUGAUUUAAAGUCCAUGAGUGGAUCUCUGUUCAGCUUCACGCAGUUUGCUUGGUGACAGCUCGGUCGAGGGUUCAUUUCAGACCAUAAUUGUGUCAUUUUUUUUUUUUUUUUUUUAAAUAGCCUUUUUUUCCAUUCUGAUGUAUUUUAGUGUCUAUUGUCAUAGAGCUGAAAUGAUUUGUAUUUUAUAGUGCUUGGUGCCUACGGAGAAAACGAAUGUUUUUUUGUGAUAAUAUUGUAUGUGAUAAUCUCAUCCAUAGAUGAUCUGUAUGAAAUAACAGGAUGUUAUUGGCAUCGCACUCUGGCCUGAAUAAGCAGCUAUUGUGAUUGAGUUUUUUUUUUUUUACUUAGCUGUGUCCAGUCUUUGUGCUAAGCUAAGUGGCUUCUGGCUGUGUAGCUUCUUAUCUUCAUGGCUUGACGCAAAGCAGCGUGUUUCUCCCAGAAUGUGCAGGCGUGAAGUGUUGCGGCUCGGUGGGUCGCUGCCACAUGAAGAUUCACUACAAUCAAAGUUCAAGCACAGGGCGCCUUUUGCUCUGUGAGGAAAUGCUCAUUUUUAGUUUUUUGUCCUUCAGUGCGAUCUGGUCCGGUGGUCUUUGUCUCUUGUCUCUGAAGGCUCAUUCAAUCGCGUCGGUGUGUUUCUCUGCAGCACUUUACCACCGAGCGAUGCAGGACAAGUCCAGUUAAAGUCAGUCACAGCUGGAUUAGUAAAUUGUUAUAAUGAAUAAAAAUACUCUUAAAUCUGCGGGUCUUUUACUGUCGGCUCACACGAGUUGCAUCGAAUGUUUGGUCCCUUCAGAUUUAAUGCAGCUGCGAAACCUCUAUGCGCAUGUAAAAAAGAAAUGCAAACAUGGCGAGCCGGCUGUGAUGUAAUAACCAUCAACCGAAUGAACAUUUGAUUAAAAUGGUUCAGGAAAAUCAACAUAUGUGUUUAUUUGA